AUGCGUUUCUCAAUUGCCAUUGCAGGCCUGUUGUGCGCCCUCGAGGUCGCUGCUUUGCGAACUCCACCGAGAAAUUUAGGGGAGAGGGAGAAUCUAGGCAGAGCUGUAGGAACGCAUCGCAGUCUACACAAGCGCGCAGACGAGCCUGAUCUUACACUCCUCUAUCCUGAGCGCAACAUCUCAGUACCUGUUGACUUUUUCCACAACGAGACAAGAUAUGAGCCACACAGCAACGGAACUUUCAACUUGAGGUACUGGUUUGACGCCACCUACUAUAAGCCCGGCGGUCCCGUCUUCGUUCUCCUCGGCGGCGAAACGGAUGGUGCGGGCCGUCUCCCAUUUCUGCAGAAAGGCAUUGUUCACCAGGUGAUCAAAGCGACCAAUGGGCUAGGUGUUAUCCUUGAGCACCGUUACUAUGGCAAGAGUUUCCCGACUUCAGAUCUCACGACAAAGAAUUUGCGGUUCUUGUCGACUGAGCAGGCUCUAGCGGAAAUCGACUACUUUGCUAGGAACGUUAAAUUUGAGGGUGUCGAUGCAGAUCUUACUGCACCCAAGACGCCUUGGGUUGUAUAUGGCGGCUCGUACGCGGGAGCCCAGUCUGCAUUCUUACGUGUUGUAUACCCGGAUACGUUCUGGGGUGCUAUUUCAUCUUCUGGAGUAACAGUUUCCAUUUAUGAUUACUGGCAGUACUUCGAGCCCGUCAGACUGUUCGGCCCCCCAGACUGCGUCAAGGGCACUCAGCUUCUCAUCGAUGUGAUUGAUAACAUCCUGUUGAACAAGACCAACUCGGACAAGGUUCAGCCACUCAAGGAGGCCUUCGGCCUGGGCAAUGUCACAGACAACCGCGACUUUGCGAACCAACUGACUGGCAUCGCCGGCUGGCAGAGUACCAACUGGGAUCCCGAAGAAAACUCUGCGUCUUUCUUCAACUACUGCAACAACAUUACCUCAGACAAGCCAUUGGCCGAGAACCUUCGUCCUGCCGUCUCGAAACUCGUCUCUGCAGCAGGCUAUGACUCUGAUAUACAUGUUGAAAACAUUACCCUGAACGCGAUUAGUUGGCUCAACAUAACCCAACUCGGUGGCUGGCGACGCUCUAACAAAACGCAAGACGCGUACUUCACACAGCUGAACGCAACCGCUUUGCAAUCAUACACCUCCCUCGAAGACUACGGUUCAACCAGCUGGAGCUACCAAGUCUGCACCGAAUGGGGCUACAUUCAAACCGGCAACACGCCACCGGAUAUCAAGCCCCUCGUUUCACGCACCCUCGAUCUCGAAUAUCUGACCUUCUUCUGCCGCGCGCAGUUCAACAUCACCACGCCCCCAGAUAUCUGGCAGGUCAACAAGUACGGCAACUACAGCGUCGACUAUCCGCGCCUUGCCCACAUUGGAGGCAAUGCUGAUCCAUGGCGGCCCGCAACCCCGCUCUGGUACCCGGAGCAUAAGAAUACUACGACGGAGCAGCCGUGGCUGUUGAUUAGCCAUGGUGUUCAUCAUUGGGAGGAGAAUGGCGUCUUUGAGAAUGAGACUACGCCGACACUUCCCCCGCCACAGGUCGUGUACGCGCAGCAAUUUUUGAAGAAUUUUGUCGUUGAUUGGCUUGAGGAAUUUAAGAGCGAACGCAGUGAGCUGUAA